AGGCUUAUCUUAAUGUAUCUUCUAAAGUACGUUUGUGGCCGGUGCACGUAAUGCACGUGUUUUCUUGCGAUAUGAGGCAAGAGGUGAACGCGACAGUCCGAUCGCGACUCUCCUCCGUCGAGGAGGAAGACGUUUAAGCCGUACUUAGCUGCACAUUAAGUGGCAUUUCCGGUCUACGGAAGCACAACAAACACAUACACAAACUGUUGUUCAGUUCUCUUGCUUUGCACACACACAAUAAACCACGCAAGAACAAUAAUAACACAGAGACAGCAAAAACGCAGCUCAAAAUUUGCGACAGUACAAUGGAAGAUAUAAUUCGCGAUGGUUCUUUAAGAUUAUUCGCAACGGAAAGCUCAUGUGAUGUAAUCUUGAGUUGCAGCGGCUACAGGCUAAUAGCUCACAAAGUGAUCCUCUCGAUAGCGAGUCCUGUAUUUCAAGAGUUGUUAAGACAAGACUCAUCGCAACCUACCAUGGUUAUAUUACCGGAUAUCUCUGCCAACGUGAUGACUCUAAUCCUGGAUUACAUUUACAAUGGGCACGUGUCGAUUUACUACGGAGAAUUGCACGAGUUUCUUAGCGUGGCCAGGUUUUUCAAGCUACGGUUAGAUUAUAAAGAGGAAAGUCCGAGGUGCGGAAAGCCGAUGCCCGAGUUAAUACCCAUUAGCGAAAUGAGGAACCCGAAGCGUGGAUCCUUCAACAAAGUGAUCCCGUCACCUUGGAUUACGCACGGAGCUCAGGUCUUCGAGGAUCCCAGGAUACCGAACGUCGACUUCUCGUCUCCUGAUUCCGCAUUAGCUUUAUGUCAAAAGAGUGAUGCUAACAAUAAUAAUGUAGAAGAUGUACCAAGUAAAAAUGAUCCUGAGGAAAAUCCUAAAUUGGAGGUGAAAAGUGCUGAGAUUAACGAGAUCGAAGAUCAACCGAAGCUGGAAAAUGUGAAGAAGCAGAAACCUUACAAAUGCGAGGAUUGCGGAAAAACGUUUAGUCAAUUACGGAAUUAUAAAUAUCACAGAUCCAUUCACGAUGGCACAAAGGAAUUCGCCACUCGAUGCCCCGAAUGUGGAAAGGUUUUCAAUGAUAAGGGCUAUUUGAGCAGUCAUCUGAAGAUUCACAGGGAUAGAAAGGAGUACGCGUGUCAGCAUUGUCCAAAAAGAUUCAAUCAGAGGGUUGCUUACAACAUGCACAUUAGGAUACACACUGGUGUGAAACCUCAUGAAUGUCAGGAUUGUGGUAAAAGCUUCUCUAGGAAGAUGCUGUUGAAGCAACACCAGCGUGUUCACACCGGAGAAAGGCCGUACGUUUGUGCGGAAUGCGGAAAAAGCUUUGCGGAUCGGUCGAACAUGAGCCUUCAUGCACGACUACACACAGGUGUUAAACCAUAUUCCUGCACGCUGUGCACCAAAAGCUUCACAAAGAAGCACCACCUGAAGACUCACAUGAACUUCCACACCGGAUCCAAACCUUAUUCAUGCCAGAACUGCAGCCUCGCCUUUUCGCAGAGCAGCAAUAUGCGAACGCAUUACAAGAAGUGCAUUCUGAAGACGAGCGAAUAGAUGACCAUUACUACUUACCUUGUAAAUACUAGAUCAAAUUAUUGCGUUAAAUAUGAAAUAAAUAAUUGAUUGUAAA